AUGUUUGAGUCUGUUAUGAUGUCUGCGCGAAGAGCUAAGAUUCAGGUGAAGCCCAAAGUGAUGGCCACCCGAUCCAUGGCCAACAAACCUCCGCCAGAGCCUGAGGUGAAGACAACACCGGCUGACAGUCCGCCCAAAGAGGCUCUCAUUGGACACCAAACGAAGACACCGAUGGAGACAACGCCACCGAAGCCACGGCUGACCACUCAGAUCACGGCUGUUGCCGACGACGAAGACAUUGAGAUCAUCGAUACCAUUGAAACCAAGACUGAGAGUCAAUGUUGUGAUUCAAUUGAUGGACACAAACCUGUGUUCAGCGAUGAUAUCAACAACAAUACCGCUGACAAAGAAGUGGUGAAAGAAGCGACAGAAUGUCCGACUCAUGUCAAACCACAAGACACUGAAAACAUGACAAAAUUGGUCCCAAAAGAGACGAAACCAGUGAAAGAGAAAGAGUUGUGUCGGAAGCGACGGCUGACUCGAAAGGCGAAUACAGCGAAAGGCGACAAAACAUCGAUGAAAAUGAAAGAUUUGCUUCUUUACAAUCCGCCGAUGACUGACGAACAGAAGGAAAUGCGCGACAAAGACAUGGAUCUGACGGACAAACCCGCGGCCACUGACGACACCGAGACUGAGGACAAGAAAAUUGAGGACAAGCGCGAAGAGUCGACGACAAACACGACUGCGAGUGACACGAGUGGUGGUCCGCGGGUCAAAGUGGGCGCCGACGGUCUCCUCAUUCUGGACGAGGAGUCAGUGAUUGUGAAGCGCAAGAAAAGCGAUACGAAAGAAGAGGCGCCUGUGAUCGAGAGGGCGGGCGCCGUCUCGGCCUUCACUAACUACUCGUCGUUUCGCUCCAAGAAUAGGGGCUCAUCGAAGCCCCGAUGGACCGAACACGAGACCAUCCGCUUCUUCAGCGCACUCAACACUAUCGGCACUGACUUCACACUUAUGGCGGACCUGUUCUUCAGAGGUAAGCGAAGUCGUAUGGAUUUGAGGAAUAAGUUCAAGAAGGAGGAGAAAGUGAACAAAGAGAUGAUCGAUAGGGCGCUCUUCUCGCCCAACACUUUCCUCACAAACUGUACACAAUUGGAUCAAAUCCUCGACUCUGAAGACUCAUCCGACGAUUCAGACGACGAUAACACUUCCGCCAAACAAAGCGCCGCGAAUGUCACGACUAAAUGA